AUGUCUGAGACUCGUUCUGAGUCUAGUUUAGUUCCUGGCGAACUGGAAAUGGUGUACAGUCUCUACGAUUUCAAAGCCACACACGCCAAAACGAUCAGUUUCAAGGCCAGCCAACUUUUCAUCCUGGACCAAACGAAAACCGAACCCAAAAAAUGGUGGGAGGUUAUCGACGAACAAGGCAAUAUUGGAUACAUUCCUUCAAAUUAUGUGAAAACUAUUAAAAUCAGUCCUGAAUUUUACAUUAAAUUUUUGAAUAAGGCUAUAGAGAAUUUGAAAAGGAGAGAUAAUGAAGACACUACUCAGACAAUGGCUAGAAUUAUGGAAUUGAAAAAUCAGGCGGAAAAAAUUCAAGCACCAAAAUCACACAUCAGUUCAAAAUCUGAUACUUGCAUCAAGUAUAAUAAUUCAGAAAUUUGUGUUGAAGGGCCCACUGAAACUACUAGUCUUCAAAAAACACAUAACACAAAUGUGAUAACAACUCAGUCCGUAUACAAACUGAUUGAAAGUGUUAGGAUUAAUACAGACUUUUCACAUGAAAAGUCACGAAUUGCUGUGCAAACAGUUAUACAAGGACUACAUGAGCUGUUGCCCCCUUAUUUUAUUCCAUAUUUAAAUACAAUAUUAGCACACUGUCAGUCUUGUCUAGUCGUUGAUGAUGUUCAAAUUGAUGAAACUCAUGACGCUAGUCGUUUAAAAAUUCUAUUCAAAGAGUUAACUAACUGUAAAGAGGACUCACAACAAAGAAGUUGGAUGUUGCACGAAGACGAAGGUAUUAUAAAAGAAUAUAUCACUGAACUUAUAUCUAUUUUAUCAAAUGCGGAUUUAAGCAUAUCACGUCACGUGAUAUCUUGUGAUCAAUUUCAUGUGAUAAUUACGUUAAUUGAAUAUUAUCAAAUGGAAAUCCGGUGGCCGAUUAGACAAUUGCUAUUACAAGCUUUUGGGGUUUUGUGUAGCUUGGAUAAAAUUAUCUUGGACAUUAUGUUAAAUUCUGUAUUGCCUGGAGAGCUGGCAAGGGAUAUGAUGGCAAACCCACGCAAUAUUACCAAACUAAAUUAUUCAGCAUUAUUAUUGACGAUGGUAUUUUCAAUGGGCGACCCUAUGCCAGUUACGGAUUUGGAUUAUUUCAGUCAACAGUUUCUUAAAUUUGUCUUCUACAAUAUAGAAUCACCACCAGAAACUGACGUAGAUGAACAAAUUCCAGAUUUGUUUCUCAACCUUAUGUUUGCUUUUAAUCUUCAAUUUAAAGAGGUUGAUUUUAAUCCUAUAAUGAAUUUACUUGAAGCACAAAAGCAUGGCAAAACGUUUUGUGAAAAAAUAUUGUUGUUGUUGAACAGAGAUGAGGAUCCAAUUAGGAUAUUUGAACACCAACCAGCUCCAGAACAUUCAUUGUUGAAACUGUUUAAAGAUCUAUUUAGUCGGCCUACCACAGCUGGUUUGUUUUAUACUAACGAUGCAAAAGUUCUGAUCGAUAUUAUUGUUAGAAAUAUUGCAGAUCUUUCUUCUGGUGAUCCAAAGCGAACCGAGUAUUUGGAAUUGAUUAGGAAAAUAUUGAGGAAUACAAAUUACCAAGAACAUAAGCAUAAAGGCAAGGAGCUUUUUAAAUGUUUAACGAGGAUUUUAAAGGAAGAAAUGGAUGUUUUAAGCAAAGGGGAUCAAGAUUUGGUUAAUGAAAUGUUUAUGGAGUUUCCACAAUAUUUUGGUCAUUACUGA